GAAGGGAGGAGCAUGUACAGAGCUAAUGACAGAAGGGUGCAGCUUCAUUAAGUUUAAAGACAAACAGCAAACGAGCGAAGUUUUUUAUAAAAAGGAAGCAGACAAGCGAAUAAAAAAAUGAAUGAAAAAGAUUCAACCACAGAAGGAAAUCAGAGUACUGCAAGUGGAGCUGUGGGUGGGAAAUGCAGCAAAGCUGAUUGGAAGAAAUUUCAGUGUCCCUUAUCUGACCCACAAUUUCCCAAAGAUGACUUUAAGCAGAUAUGGAAGGACUGUCAGUACGAGAGCUUCUGGUAUAGAGCUCUUCCUCUGUCUGUCGCCAGUAUGACUGUGACUGGUGGCCUUAUGUACAGUGGUGUGUGGAAAAAGUCUAAGCGAUUUGGGUAUUUCCCGAAACUGAUUUUGGCGGGCAUUGUAGGUUAUGCAGUAGGCAAAGCCUCUUAUAUCCCGACUUACAGAGAGAAGUUUAAAAAACUGGGACCAGAGUUCAACAAAGGGUUUGGUCCUGGGUUUGGACCGCCUGGAUUUGGAGCUGGUGGCUUUGGACCUGGACAUAGACAUUGCAUUCAUGUGUGUGAAAAAUGCAAGCAACAGGGAGCGGAGGACGCCACAACAGCGCCUGAUGCGCCCACUCAGAGCUGAGGGUCAUUAGAAUCAGGAGGACACAGUUCAUUACUUAAUGUUCAUACAAUGUUUUUUUUAAAAUAAAUAAACAAUUCUGCUUUAAAAAUAUGAUGC